AUGUCACCAAAGCCAUCUGCUAAAGGAGCCAAGAAAGCCGCCAAGACCGUCACGAAGCCAAAGGACGGAAAGAAGAGAAAGCAUGCCCGUAAGGAGUCCUACUCUGUGUACAUCUACCGUGUACUCAAGCAGGUCCAUCCAGACACUGGAGUCUCUUCCAAGGCUAUGUCGAUCAUGAACUCGUUCGUCAAUGACGUCUUCGAGCGCAUUGCCGCCGAGGCCUCUCGUCUUGCUCACUACAACAAGAGAUCGACCAUCUCUUCCCGCGAAAUUCAAACGGCCGUCCGUUUGAUUCUUCCAGGAGAGCUCGCCAAGCACGCUGUCUCUGAGGGAUCUAAGGCUAUGUUCAUUUGCCUAAAAUAA